AUCAGGAUGUUUCUGUUUGAUGUGUCACAUUUUGCUACGGUUCAGCGAUUCUAAAGAGAAGGUGUGUGGCUUCGGACAUCCGUCGCAUAACUGGUGGGAAAUGAGGCCGUCCUGGGAAGUUGAAAAUAGCAUCAGGCUUGACACUGAGGGCUCUUCCCAUCAUCUGAGGACAUCGUUCGUUUAUACAGAGGUUACAACGCCGUGAAAAAUGGCUGAAGGGAAACCAGCACGAAUAGCCGUUCCGAAAGUACGAGGGGUGGAUAUAAUGAGAGACCCAAACCUGAAUAAGGGCAUGGCGUUUUCUCUAAAGGAGAGGCAGGUGUUAGGUUUACAUGGCUUGCUACCUCCAGCCAUGCUUGAUCAACAACAUCAGGUGGAAAGAGUGAUGGUGAAUUUCCACCGCUGGGAGAAUGACCUAGACCGUUACAUCUACCUCAUCUCUCUACAAGACCGCAACGAGAAGCUGUUCUACAAAGUUGUCACAUCUCACAUUGACAUCAUGCUGCCUAUCAUUUACACUCCGACUGUUGGACUGGCAUGUCAGAAAUAUGGACUGAUAUUCCGUAAGCCAAGAGGUCUGUUCAUCACCAUCAAUGACCUUGGGUAUGUGUACGACAUCCUUUGUAACUGGCCUGUGGAUAAUGUGAAGUACAUUGUAGUGACAGAUGGGGAGCGUAUCUUGGGCCUGGGUGACCUAGGUGCCUAUGGGAUGGGGAUACCUGUUGGUAAACUGGCCCUGUACACAGGGCUGGCUGGGGUAACACCCUCACAGUGUCUCCCUAUCAUGAUAGAUGUGGGCACAGAUAACCAGUCUUUGUUAGAUGAUCCCCUGUACAUUGGCUUAAAACAGAAGCGUGAAAGAGGCCCCAGGUAUGACAAGUUACUGGAUGAAUUCAUGAAAGCUGUGACAAAAAGAUAUGGAGAUAAUACUUUGGUGCAAUUUGAAGAUUUUGGAAAUGCCAAUGCAUUCAGACUUCUGGAGAAAUACAGAGACCACUAUUGUGUUUUUAAUGAUGAUAUUCAAGGUACAGCGGCUGUAGCUGUGGCAGGGAUUAUAGCCAGUCUGAAAAUCACAGGAAAGAAACUGUCAGACAAUGUGUUUGUGUUCCAGGGAGCAGGGGAGGCAUCCAUAGGAAUUGCAUUGCUAGUUGUCAUGGCGAUGCAGGCUGAAGGUGUGUCUAGAGAAGAAGCCAUCAAAAAGAUCUGGAUGGUGGAUUCCAAAGGAUUAAUUGUCAAGAAUCGGCCCAGGGGAGGAGUGACAGGUCACAAAGAGAUGUUUGCCCAAGAUCAUAAACCCAUUGACAAGCUGGAGGACAUUGUGGAAGCCAUUAAGCCAACAGCCAUUAUAGGUGCAGCAGCUGUACCUGGGGCCUUCACAGAAAAACUGCUGAAGACAAUGGCCAAAAAUCACAAACAUCCCAUCAUCUUUGCUUUGAGUAACCCGACGAGUAAAGCCGAAUGCACCGCAGAGCAGGCCUACAAAGCUACUGAGGGUCAGUGUGUGUUUGCCAGUGGCUCACCAUUCAGUCCAGUCCAGCUAAAGGGCAAGACUUACCACCCUGGUCAGGGGAAUAAUGCCUACAUCUUCCCUGGGGUGGCCCUCGCUGUGGUUGUUAGUGACAUCCGUAUUGUGUCAGAGGACAUAUUCCUCACCUCUGCCAAGUCUCUUGCCAAGCUAGUGACACAGAACGACCUGGACAAGGGACGUGUGUACCCGCCACUGUCAGACAUCCUCACUGUCUCCACACAGAUCGCUGCAGAUGUGGUCGAGUUUGCGUACAGAAACAACAUGGCUCACAGAUUCCCAGAGCCCAAGGACAAAUUAGAGUUCAUCAAGUCUGUACAGUAUGAUACCAACUAUGAGAGUUUUAUACCUCACAUAUAUGACUGGCCAGUCAGUGGAAAACUAUAAAGCUCUUGUUAAUGUUAUUAGUUAUGUCUGCUGCUUUUCUGUCACAGAAAGUCAGAUUAUGUUAUUAUUAUCUGAGGGAUGAGUGCAUCGCUGAGUAGAAUAUGAAUGGAUAAAGGGUCUGCUGGUUUUACCACAUUUAUUUAUUGAUAGUACAUGUACAUGUACAUAAAUGAGAAUAGACAAUAUACAAUGUGGAGCUUAGAAUUGCAAUUACAGUGUAUUUUGGAUGAACAGUACUGUAUGUUUGCAAGUGUUAGAAACAAAAAUCUACCAUCUCUGAGCAUUAAGUAAAUCUUGUUAAUAUUUUCAAUUAUGUAUGGGUUGCUUUUCUUACUGAGAAUUGAAAAAUUCAGCAUUACACAUAAUUUAUCAAGAUUAGACCAAUUUCUCCCCUUAGCAAUGUUGCCGAACAUACUGGAUUAAGUCUGUUUUUCAUUGUAUGUUUGUUUAUACCAUUUAGCUUAAAUCUAAUUUCUUCUUAUUCAUUUCCAAAGUACACAUGAAUGUGUACCAUAACAUACAUAUAGUUUUUCUUCGUUUCUCUUAUUUAUUGUUGUUGCCAUACAUUAGUGUGGCAUAUAAUGUGCAGUAGGCUACUUUGGCUGCUUUGUUAACUAUUAACAAUUACAUUUAGACAAACGAUAAUACAUUCAGGAUGUGUUAUUUGAAUACAAAUACUUGAAAUGCUAUGAAGGUAGGUGCUUAAGAGUUACUGUAGGCCCCUAUAUUUCCCGUCUACUUUAUGCUUACUGGUAUAAAAAGGGAAAUUAUUAUAGCUGCGUGAACAAGGUGAUCAGGAGGUACAGCCUUCUCAACAUCCUGUAUUAAUUGAAAAUGAUUUUGUUUUUAGAAUUGUAUGGUAUGCAAGUACACUAUUGUUCCAGUGUACCAUUAAGGUUGUAGUGGUUCAGACCAUCAGUAUAUUCUUAUGGAUAUACACUUUCUUUUACGAACCACUGCAUGUGAUUGUAUUUAAAUGUAAGCCAGACAAUAUAGUAGCCAAAUAUAUGAUAACAACUUGAAUGUUCAUAAAGCUAAAAGAUGUAUAUCUUAUUGGUUGACAUCAUCAUAAAUUUUUUAGAAAACUUUGUUAAAUUUAUUACUUUCUACAGUCCAUGCUAUAUAUGUAGUAAAGAUUUUGUUACUGUCAGAAACAAAUAGAAUAUUUGAGAUAGUAGAGAGAAGUGGCUACUUUUAUAGCGAUACAGAAACAAAAUUUUGCUUAUGCAUUGAUGUUAAAAUUUUACUAUGUAAAAUAUAAGGCUUUCUUAUUUUGACAUUACUUUUUCCCUUUAUAACAGAAAUUAAUUUCUUUUAUUUUAAAGUGAUUAUGGUAUGAUACAUAUUAUGCAUAGGUUACACAAUACAUUUUAGAUCAAAUUCCAUUUUUCGUUGUUUUAUUUGGCCAAAAUAUGUCUCCUUUCUCUUUUGAGAAAAGAUAAUGUUUUUGAAAUUCAUUUUGUCAGUUUGCUAUAUUUGUAUGUGAUAUUUUAAUUAUUUUCAUGACCAGUAUAAAUCAGUGUUUAUAUAGGUUAUUGUUUUACAGUUAAAACUAAAUAAUUAUUGCAUUCCAAUACCAGUCAUGGUAUCAAAUGUUAAAGCAUUAUUGGCAUUCCAGUGUACUGUACCCUAUUCUGUCAUUACAUUAGAGCAAUCUCUAAAAGAAGCUGCAGCUAUGAUAUCUGUGGCACGGUUUUUGAGGAGUAUGUGUAUGAUGAAAGUGUGGCAGUUAAAGUGUCUGGUGGAUUUGUUCCUUGUAAGGCUGAGGUUACUCUCUAAAAACACAUUAUUAUUAUAACUGUUAAAUGCAGAUUUAUUAUUUUCAAGUGGAUUUUAUAUUAUAUGUAUAAUCUUUUCAACCGGUUUUAUUUUUAUGUUUUAGCUGAAU